AUGUCCUUCGGUGGCUUCGGGCAAGCCGCAGCGAAGCCGGCUUUCAGCUUUGGCAACAACUCCCAAUCCAGCACGACUCCCGCCCAACCCGCCCCCUCUGGAGGUACAGGCCUUUUCGGGUCUACCACCAACCAACAGCAAGGAGCCACAGGUGGUGGUCUGUUUGGACAACAACCAAAGCCUGCCGGUGGUCUGUUUGGCUCGGCGACCAGUACGUCCACCCAGCCUCAACAGCAGCCCGGCCAGAGCGGAGGUCUCUUUGGAGGAUUGGGUCAGAGUCAGCAGGGACAACAGCCCCAGCAAGGCCAGGCGGGAGGGGGAGGAUUGUUCGGGAGCACGACGAGUAAUACUGCGUCGGGCGGUCUGUUUGGUCAAAAACCUGCUGGAUCGGGGCUGUUUGGCUCUACAUCUGCCCCUGCUCCUGCCCCUGCUCCUGCUGCGGGCGGUGGCUUGUUUGGUUCUACUUCUCAGCCCCAGCAGCAAAAUGCUGGCGGUGGUCUGUUUGGCAGUACCCAGCAGGCCCCGCAGCAACAAGCAUCUGGGGGGCUAUUCGGUGCUCAGCAGCCUCAACAGCAGCAGCAGCAGCAACCCCAACAACAACAACAGUCUGGGCUCUUCGGCUCGACUCUUGGUGCGCCCCAACAGCAGCAGAUGGGGCAGAGUCAGAUGCAGCAAAGUCAGUUGGGGCAGAGCAUGUUUGGGGUGAAGAAGGAGCAGGACAUUGAGAGCAGGAUAAGGGCAGUGCAGAAUGCCUGGGAUAGUGCUUCACCAGAGUGUCGAUUCAAAUACUUUUUCUAUAAUGUAGUCGAAGAGGGUACCGCGUCUCGUUACGGUCGCCCCGCCAACGCUACCGACGACGCCCAAUGGGCCAAAGCCCUCCGAGACAACCCUGAUCCCAACUCUAUGGUACCUGUGCUCGCUGUCGGCUGGUCAGACGUCAAGAAGCGCCAACAGAUGCAAGAAAACCUCGCUGCCGUGCAUCAAGAACGCACUUCUGAAAUAACGGCCGCCCUUUCGCAUACCCGUCAGACAUCACUCUCUUCGUCUAUCCGUCUCGCCAACCUGCAGCAACGCCAGUCUCAGCUCGUGCACCGACUCAUCCAUCUCGCGUCUGUCACUCCUGGCAUUGUGCCGCUCAACCAGCAGGGCGGUGUGUUGAGGGACGAUGAGGUGGCCUUGGCCAGGAAAUUGGAGGGAGUGAAGAGGGAGUUGGAAGGGGCAGCUGGGAGCGUUAGAGGCGGUAGUGUCAGGAGAGGAGACGGGGAACUCAGGGGGAGACUAUUGGGGCAGGUCAAUGAGCUCUGGGGUCAGUUGGAAGAGGUCAGGCGGAGGAGAAAAGUACGAGGACAAGAAGGGAGAGAAACGUGGGUUGGAGACGAGAGGCUGUUGGCGGAGAUUGCAGAGGUUUUGACGACACAGCAAACGGCUAUACAGAAGCUGUCAGACUUGGCGCAAGAAGAAAACUUUGAUGCGGAUGUGGUCCUCCACGGACAUGGACGGUAG